AUGGGCAAUACAUCGAGCUCGCCGGUGCAAAAGUGCCUUGAGAGUGCCGUAGGAGGGAACCAGGAUCUAAUCGCCCUUAAAGGCACGCCCCUCUUCCAGAUUUCGCACGUCAAACCGUGCAAUCUCGGCAUAGCAGUCACUCCUGCAGCGGUCACUUACUCUGAGACUGUGGAACACAUUACUGCGAUUGUCAAGUGCGCCGUUGAAAACAAGCUAAAGUGCAACCGCAUUUCGGUGGGCACUCAUAUGCAAACUAUGUAUAACACGAUUGUAGUUGAUGUAAAGUACUUUCAGCAGUUCUCCAUGGACAAUUCAACCUGGCAAGCUACGAUAGGUGGCGGCACGCUCCUUGGCGACGUCGGUAUUGGAGGUCACGCAACCAUCAGUGAACUCGAUCGAAGCAGUCGCAUGUGGGGAUCAGCACUUGACCAUGUCGAGGAAGUCAAGGUGGUUCUUGCCAAUUCCACAGUCGUUCGAGCUUCUGAAAAAGAGAACGCAGACAUCCUGUUCGCUGUAAAGGGCGCCGCAGCAGGCUUCGGCAUCGUCACCGAAUUUAAAGUGCGCACACAAACCGAGCCAUCAGAAGCCGUCCUCUACACAUACAACACCCAGGGCGGAUCCAGUGCGGAGCUCAUCUCAGACCCACACCUCUCACGCAAGUUCGCCAGUCAGUUCAUACUUACCGAGCAGCUCGGCGCCAUUGUUACCGGCACUUUCUUUGGAUCACAUCAGGAGUAUGACAGUCUCAACAUAUCCGCUCGUCUACCCAAUAGCGACGACUCAGUCAUCAAGCUCAAGGACUGGUUCGGUGUAGUAGGCCAUUGGGCCGAAGAUGUCGCUCUUGAUAUCUCACUCGUUUACACAGAGUACGACAUCAUCCCAGACGAUGGAGUCGACAAGCUCUUUGACUACAUUGACAAAGCUGACAAAGUCGAAGCAACCUGGUUCAUCAUCUGGGAUCUCGAAGGCGGAGUCACCAACGAUGUUGCCCCGAACGCUACUGCUUACGACCACAGAAAUGCGCUGGUCAGAAAUAAGACAAGGAGGUUCUGGACAGUCGUUAACGAUGCUGUGACUGACGCUCUGCCGGAGCAUGACGAAGGUCCAUAUACUGGAUACGUCAAUCUGAGGAUAGGAGAAAACAGGGCGAGUCUGUACUGGAGUGGAACUGUGAAAAUACUGGAGGGUAUCAAAGCACAGGUCAAUCCUGAUGAUGUGUUUCAUAACCCGCAGAGCAUAAAACCGGCUAGAGGAUCCGCUAAGCCUAGAGCCAAACCAUGAAUCGUCCAUUUGCCUAAUCGGUUCACACUAUGCUGUGGUGUACAGAUUGGUUGCUUACCGGUAGUACAGGAGGCUGAUGAAUGGAGUCGCGUUUGUCAUGUGUCAUGGUGCACGCGUAAGGUCAGACCAAAUGACUGGUCACCAUCAAAUAGGUUAGACUCAAGUAAC